AUGACGGAGAAGGAUGAGCUGAUGCUAAAGGGAGAAGACGCCGAUGGGGCGGCUAAUGCCGAGCGACCCAUUCCACGCGCGCCGAUUGCGCCCCCUUACAAGGAGCUUACACUCUCAACAGAAGCACGACCUUUGCUUGGAGCAGGAUCCUCUUCAUCAUGCGACAAAGUUACAUUCCCAAUCGCAGCAUUACCAGCCGCAAGAGACGACCGGCCACAUCUGCUGGUCCUGUGCGGUGUAGUGGGAUCCGGCAAGUCCUCAUUCGCCCAAUCGCUCUGUUCUCUCCAACGACCACGCUACAUUCGAGCCUCUCAAGACGUGCUUGGCGAUCGACGAUCCGUCAUCUCUCUCGUCUCGCAGCACCUUUCACAGAGAAGCAACGUGGUCGUGGAUCGAACCAAUGCGGAUGCUUCUCAGAGGGCUUAUUGGUUGGAUCUGGGUCAACAAUAUGGAGCCAAGACGGACAUCAUCGUCUUCGAUACGCCCUUUAGUACCUGUCAGGCACGUCUACGGGCAAGAAAAGAUCACGAGACGCUCAAGUCUCCUGCUCAAGCACUCAAUGUGCUCAGAGUAUUCACGAAGCAAUGGAGGAUGCCCACGAUGGAAGAAGGCUUCGAGCAUCUUCUUGUAUUGCACGCACAGGAGGAGGAGGAGGAGGAGGAGGAUGAAAGCCCAAAAAGACCUGACCAUGGGCAUGCUGAAGCAGCACAAUUUUGGAGCGAAGAGGUGAUCAUGAACGUACUGCAACAGCUGCAGGAACAGGCAUGCCCUGCUCAAGCUCGAGAUGAAUAUGUGGCCGAGUGGGAAGGGGGAGGAGGCAGAGGCGGAGCGCAAUGUCGAGGGAAUGGGCGCGGAAGAGGUGACAAGUCAGGAGGCGGCAGAGGCGCAUCGAGUGGUGAUGUGAGCAGGAAGAGAGGCAGAGGGGCGCACCGUGGAAGAGGACAGUACCGGCACGAACGGGGCGGUGUACCACCUUGGCGUGUGCCCGGCGCUUUCGGAUCUGCACAUCAUCACGACCAGUCCCACAUCGCCGAGACACGCUGAGCUUCCACUCCACUCCGGCGCGGAUCGAGGCUCUAUGGCCAGGGCGAGCAAGUGCCCAUAGCGUGCUCAUGACCUCUUGCUGAUGCGGAAGCAACGAGAGGCACGAGCUCGGCUUGGCGCUAGUGUGCUCCCACCCUCGGCCACGCAUCUCGAACUACGUGUAGCAGCAGCACUCGACUUCACCUGCCAUCAGUCAAGCAUGUCGAAUCUGCGCCGCCGUCUGCGACGAACUGAAAAGCAGACGGUCCUGCCAGCAUACGCAUUGCCGUCGGCACUUUUCUAA